AUGAGUCAGAACUACCAAGGUGGUUACCAGAAUCAGAAUCAAUGGAGACCUCAGCAGGGUCAAGGUGCUUACAAGAACAACAACUCUGGGAACUACAAUAAUAAUUAUGGUGGUAUGAACCAAGGGAGCUAUAACAUAGGAAACAAUUUUAGGAAUAAGAGUUCCAAUCCUUAUAUACCACCGAAAGGGCAAUCAACAGAGCAAGGUAGUUCGAGGGUUGAAGCAAUGCUUGAAAAGGUUCUGGCAAAUCAAUCAAAGUCUGAGAGGACUUUAUCUGGGCUGAUAGAUACAGUGGGUUCCCAUAUAGCAGCUAUUCAGAAGCUCGAGUCACAGAUGCGGGAUAUUUCUAGAGAGCAGCACCCUCCUAAAAAGGGAGGACUGUUCCAAAUCCAAAGAACGAAGGAGGCGGAAGAAGAAGAAGAAGAAGAGCAGUCUGAAGCACCAAUUAUUGUUGAUGAGAAUCUGACUGACAAGAAGGUUGCUGAUAUUCCAAAGAUUGUGAAGGAGGCUGAUGACACGAGCAAGCAAACUGUGAAAAGGGCUCUCCGCCCUUUGACUCAGCUUUUCAAGCCUAAACCUCCCUUUCCUCAGAAGUUGGUAAAGAAGAAGGAAGAUGCUAAGUUUGAGAAAUUUUAUGAUCAGCUGAAGCAGUUAUCUCUGAAUUUUCCCUUCUUGGAAGCUGUUAAGGAGAUGCCCAAUUUUGCUAAAUAUUUAAAGGACCUGCUGACCAAGAAGAAAGCGGUGCAACAUGAAACCGUGAGUUUCACUCACACUAUGAGUUCCAUCAUUUCAACAACUACUGUUCAGAAAAACGGAGAUCCUGGGGCGUUCACCAUUCCUUGUUUUGUUGGGCACUAUGAUUUUGCUCGUGCUUUGUGUGAUAAUUGGGCGAGUAUUACUUUGAUGCCACUAGCUAUAUACAAACAAUCAGGUAUAGGGAUGCCAAGGCCGAUUACUAUGAAGUUACAGAUGGCUGAUAGGUCUAUUAAGAGGCCUGUUGGCGUGGUUGAUGAUGUUUUUAUGCGGGUUGGUGAAUUUAUGUUGCCUGCUGAUUUUGUGAUUCUUGAUUGUGCUGUUGAUCGGCACAUCCCUAUUAUUUUGGAGAGACCCUUCCUUGCUACAGAGAGAGCUCUGAUGGAUUCAGAGAAAAAUGAAAUCAAGUUCCGAGUCAAUGACGAUGAAGUUACUUUUCAGGCUAGCAAGGGGAUGAAGUUACCAAGUGCUUACAAGAGCAUUUUGGUAAUCGAUUCUUUUGAUGUUGUUGAUGAAGCGAUGGAGUUCGAGAUGGAAGAAGAAAGUUUGGGUAAAGCUCUAGCCGAUAUUCUUGUGAACUUCGAUGCUGAAGACAUGGAGGGUUAUAUGGAGACGGUUAAUUUGCUUGUUGGGUUGGGUUCAUAUUCUUACCACCCAAAGAAGCUAAAUCUUGAUCUGGAAAAUAGAACAACUCCUCUAGCAAAGCCUUCGAUCAUUGAGCCACCUAAGUUGGAACUUAAGCAGCUCCCAUCAAAUCUGAAUAAAUGGGUGAGCCCAGUCCAAUGUGUUCCAAAAAAAGGAGGCAUCACAGUGGUGCCAAAUGAAAAGAAUGAGCUGAUUCCGACGAGAACUGUAACCGGAUGGAGAGUUUGCAUGGACUAUCGCAAGCUCAACACUGCCACUUGCAAGGAUCACUUUCCUAUGCCUUUUAUUGAUCAAAUUCUUGAUCGGCUAGCGGGACGUUCUUAG